GGCUCGGGGCGGGGGGGACUCCGUGCCGCAGCGAAGGUUAGGCAGUGGGGAGCCGGACCCCUUGGGGGCCCCCUGCUGCGAACUGCCCAGCGAGGGUCUCCCGCCUGCCACCCCCGCUAGGGGGGAGGAGGCAGCUCGGGUGGCUCCCUCCCUUCUCAUCCUGCCCCACCCCAGAGCAAGGCUGCCUGCAGGCUAGCCAGCCAUCAGGUAGAGCUGUGCAGCACAGUGCAGUUCACCACCCAGCUCUACCUGAUGAAUGGCCAGCCUGCAGGCGGUGUGACAGAGAGAGGAGCAGCCCGACUGGCCGCCCUUGCUGGCUCCUUUUAUGCCUCUGCCCCCGGCCUGGAGAAUGAUGCCACCAGCCCAGAGCAGGGCGUGGCCCUCAAGCCAGCGGUGGAGGAGGCCCUCUCGAGACCCAGCCACGCCGGCCGGCCGGAGAUGCUGGAGACCAACCUGCUGGAAAAUUCGGAACCUUUUGCUGCUCCAGCCCACUCUGCUGUGCUCACCAGGACAUACAGCAUCCAAGAUGUCCAGGGACAAAAACAUCUCGUGCUGAGGAAUCCGGAAGGCCAGGCCCAGCUGUAUGCCAGGCACCUGCCGGCAUACCGCAGCACAGAGAAGGUGAUGCUGAAGGUGCACUUGCUCUCCCACAUCAGCACCCAGACACAGCUCGUCUCACUGGAGGUGAUGGACCAGGAGGGCCACAUGCUGUACCUGACUUGUGAGGAGACCAAUGGCCUGCCACAGCUGAAGCUGGUGAAACGGGAGACGACCUCGGAGCAGCCCUGGAGGGAGUCCGAGAGGUUCCACUUCCAGAUGUCCAGGCUGAGGUGGACAGCACCAAAGCUCAUCAGAGCUCAGUUUGAGGCCAGGGCCUUCCCGAGCUUCUGCCUGGCCAUCCCGAAGGAAGAGAGCAGGCCGCUCUCGCUCCACCAGAACGGCGAGGACUUUGCCACCCAGUUCCACUUGCUCGCCCGGACGUGACUGGCACCAAGGGCCCCGCUCCAAGCCCUACACGCCCGACAUGCGGCCCCUGCAGACAGCGCCCCUCCUCCUAGAGCAGGCCCACACAACGUGAGGCCCGGGGGCAGGAUCUGGCCCACAGGCACUUCUUGCUGGCCCCCCCCAGGGAGGAAUGUCCUGCAGCUGCCGCAGCCGCCCGGAAGGGCUCUUGGCAGCAGCGCUGAGGACUGGAGUGGGCUGGGACCGCAGCAGCAGCAGCAUCGCACCAGGCAGGCACAGGCAGGGCGCAUCCCAGAAAGGCAGAGGGUCCCCCUUCUCCGAGGGCCGCUAUCCUCUGGCCUCUCUGGAAACUGCCUGGCAACACACACACACACACACACCCCGCCCUCGCAUCUUUACUUGGAAAUCAGACCCCCGUGUGGCUUUCUCCUCCCAAGUAAACAUGCCUAGGAUUGCAGCCUGCAAGCAACAGCAGCUUAGGGAGAGGAGAGGGCUUGGCCUUUGUUGGGGCCGGCAGGCACUCCAGGGGCCCCACUAAUUUCUGGCCACUGACCAGGGUUAAAAGUGUGGGUCCCUUGAUGGCGGGGGGGGCGGGGGGGGGAGAUCCACAAGUAAGUAGAAGUUGCUUUCUUUGAUAUUGUUAAUAUAACCAUGUGUUGAAAGUUGACCUUGCUUCCUGCACAUCAAGUCAUGAUUGGUUCCAGUCCACCAAAGCAUCUGAGUUGCACACCCCCACUUUAUUUAUUUAAGUAUAGGUUUAUAUUUAUGUUUGUAUGUCUGUGUGGCCCUUUGUCCUAAGGCCCCUGGGCAGCUAGCAACAAUACAAUUCAAUAAAACAAAUAUAAAAACAACAAUUAAACUCAAUAAAGAACAUACAAGCAGGUCAAAAUGGAGCUUAGCAUUCAAAAAGAGCAUUGCCAGCUCACUGGCAAAAGCCGGGAUUCCCGUCCUCACCCGGCCUUCUCCCCUGAGGGAGCCAGGUAUGCGGGUCUCACUGUGAGCAGGUUACAGGGCCGGAUUAAGCUAGUGCAGCGCCUGUAGCGCAUGUUAUAAAGGGGCCCUAAAUUUUAAAAAUGUGCACAAGUAUUAAAACAUAAAUUAUUUACUUGCAUAGUAAAGUAAUUCAAUUUGAACAAAAUUAUGUACUUGUAACAUGUCAUUAAUGACGUCCGUAAUGAUUAGGUACUACUUCA